GGCGCAGGCAGUGAGUGCAGCCUCAGCUGGACACGGGGAUUAGAAAUCGGUGACACUCCACCGACUUCUGCACUGGAGCUUCACACUGGAUGGACAACAAGCCCACCACGGAAAACUCAGGUGUCACAGCAAUAGCGUCACAGGCUGAGGUUGGGUGAAUAAACAUGCACAUGGACUGGAUGAGAAAAUCCAGCACUGGAAUCAGAACGUGUGAAAAACAAACGGCUCAAAAAAAGAGAAAGAAGCAAAGUCCCUUAGUACAUGUUGGUCCUUAGGUUGAACCACAUGGAUCAUGUAAGCCCUUAGGUUGAACCACUUGGAUCAUGUAAGCCCUUAAGUUGAACCACAUGGAUCAUGUAAGCUCUUAGGUUGAACCACAUGGAUCAUGUAAGCCCUUAGGUUGAACCACUUGGAUCAUGUAAGCCCUUAGGUUGAACCACAUGGAUCAUGUAAGCCCUUAGGUUGAACCACAUGGAUCAUGUAAGCCCUUAGGUUGAACCACAUGGAUCAUGUAAGCCCUUAGGUUGAACCACAUGGAUCAUGUAAGCCCUUAGGUUGAACCACAUGGAUCAUGUAAGCUCUUAGGUUGAACCACUUGGAUCAUGUAAGCCCUUAGGUUGGACCACAUGGAUAAUGUAAGCUCUUAGGUUGAACCACUUGGAUCAUGUAAGCCCUUAGGUUGAACCACUUGGAUCACGUAAGCCCUUAGGUUGGACCACAUGGAUAAUGUAAGCCCUUAGGUUGGACCACAUGGAUCAUGUAAGCCCUUAGGUUGGACCACUUGGAUCAUGUAAGCCCUUAGUUUGAACCACAUGGAUCAUGUAAGCCCUUAGGUUGAACCACAUGGAUCAUGUAAACCCUUAGGUUGAACCACUUGGAUCAUGUAAGCCCUUAGGUUGAACCACAUGGAUCAUGUAAGCCCUUAGGUUGAACCACUUGGAUCAUGUAAGCCCUUAGGUUGGACCACAUGGAUAAUGUAAGCCCUUAGGUUGGACCACAUGGAUAAUGUAAGCACUAGCAACAUGCCGAUAAGAAGGGGUGAUAUCAAAACAUGGAGGUGCUGCUCUGUGUCUGUACCCUCUGUCAUCUAUUGCUAGGCAAACCUUGAUAUAAACAUGGGGUCAGAUAACCCUUAAACUAUUUCUAUAUUAUAAGAACUGACUUCUGUCAGCAUGCAAAUGGAGCAUAGAUGAGAGAACCUUUCGAGACAGAGAAUCGGGCACUGACACGAUUGAAAUAUGUAGGCUAUAUGAUCUAUGAUUCAAGACCUUCAAAGCAAAGACACAGGCAGUAUGGAAGUGCAGACCACCUCUCUGGUUCAGGCAUAUGUCACCGGUACGGAGCAACUAAACACCUCAUAUGACUACAACGUCACGGACGCGACUGAGAACCCAGACACCUAUCAGUUCUAUACCAUCGGCCUCUUCCUCUCCUGCCUCUACACCAUCCUCCUCUUUCCCAUCGGCUUCAUUGGGAAUAUACUCAUCCUGGUGGUCAACCUCAACCACAGGGAGAAGAUGACUAUCCCGGACCUCUACUUUGUAAACCUGGCAGUCGCAGACCUCAUCCUGGUGGCAGACUCCCUCAUCGAGGUCUUCAACCUCAAUGAGAAGUACUAUGAGUACGCUGUUCUGUGUACCUUCAUGUCCUUAUUCCUGCAGGUCAAUAUGUACAGCAGCAUCUUUUUCCUGACAUGGAUGAGCUUUGAUCGCUACGUGGCUCUGGCCAGCUCCAUGAGCAGUAGUCCUCUGAGGACCAUGCAGCACGCCAAGCUCAGCUGCAGCCUCAUCUGGAUGGCCUCCAUCCUGGCUACGCUGCUCCCCUUCACCAUCGUCCAGACCCAGCACCGCGGCGAGGUGCACUUCUGCUUCGCCAACGUCUUUGAGAUCCAGUGGUUAGAGGUGACCAUCGGCUUCCUGGUGCCCUUCUCCGUCAUCGGCCUGUGCUACUCGCUGAUCGUGCGUAUCUUGAUGCAGGCGCAAAAGCACCGGGGUCUGUGGCCUCGCAGACAGAAGGCCCUGAGGAUGAUCGGGGUGGUGGUGCUGGUGUUCUUCAUCUGCUGGCUGCCUGAGAACAUCUUCAUCAGCAUCCAGCUGCUGCAUGGCACGGACGACCCGGCCCAGCGCAGCACCUUCAGCGGCCACCUGUGGCACGACUACCCGCUGACGGGCCACAUCGUCAACCUGGCCGCCUUCUCCAACAGCUGCCUCAACCCCAUCAUCUACAGCUUCCUGGGGGAGACCUUCAGGGACAAGCUAAGACUCUUCAUCAAGCAGAAGGCCAGCUGGUCCGUGCUCUACCGCUUCUGCCACCACACCCUAGAUUUACACAUACCUGUGAGGAGUGGGGUGUCGGAGGUGUGAUGCUGCAGGAUCAGCAACAUCUUUGUAUGAAAGGUUAGGAUGUAACAGAAGUCCAGGGGGGAGUAAGAGCUAUGUGCUGCUGUGUCUACCCAGCAGGAUCCUGGGAAUUGUCUUCAUGACACACUCAAUUCUUCCAGAAUUCAGCUUCUUAUAAGUGGUAGAGAUACCAUGGAGGAAAACUGAAACUGACCAUGAGGCAGCCAUUUUGUCUCCUGUAAGCGCGGGUGGAGAACACACUGUGUAUCUUCAUUAGAUAUAAAUAAUGAUAUUAGGGUAAUAAAUAAACAUUUGGAAAAUGGAGAAGGCAAAUUGAUGAAAAUACCAGGUUUGGUGUUCUUUCAAUCUCUUCUCAUUAUUCUAAUGUAACAAAGCUAUACCUGUCAUGAAACCGCAACAAUCUACUCAGAGAAAUGGCAGUGUGGGAACAACUUAAAACAGACACAUCAAAGGGACCAGUGACUUGCUUCUCCUUGACCCCAGUGUGGUUAUUGUAACACUGUAUACUGCUCAGAACUGUUUGGGUAACCCAUAAGACCGCUAGACACACCUGUUGUCGGAUCGUUUUUUUAUGUACUGACAAUUCAUUGUAUUGUAAGUAGAUGUCCUUUUCUUUGUUUGCCUGUGCAAGCAAUUGACCACUCACACCACUUUUAUUUAAAUAAAUAAAAUAAACAUUUGUUUUUUAGGAAGCUGUUGAGAAGCUCUUUGCUGACUUAGUACUGACAACCUUAAGUGUAUUACAAAAAGUGGAAGUAAAAGACAGGAUAUGCCUUCCAUAAAUCUAAACAAAUAAUUUUUCUACAUAUGAAAACAAAUUGUAGGUGGUGACCUGCUGCAUGUGCCCAGACGUCAGAAAAAGCUUCUUUGCCUUUGAUUUUCUCCUACGUUUACAGAAUUCAUUUGAAAUGUUUUUAACAAAAAUAUUCUUAAAAUCAAGGUAGAUAGCAAAGGAAACAUGAAUGCUCAUUUUCCUCAAGCAUACACAAACAGUUGUGUGCCAGUGCCUUCAGUAUUUGAAGAACGCUAAACAUAUCGAGUUAAGACCGAUACUCAUUCUAAAGACGGAUGUUGUCCACAUUAUUAUGACCCUAGUUGUCAACUCCUGUUUGCCUGAGGCAGAAACAAGGAGGCAGGUGUUUCUCUGAGUGGAGGAGAGGGACUAUAUGUAAACACAUUACUCAAUGAAGACGACAGAGGCGCUGCUAUCAUCUCUUGUGUUUACUCUCAGUCGCCAACAGUUUCAGUCAUUCUAAAACUACAGUGAGCAGAGACAGAUUUAUUUACCAAAUGCUUGUUUAUUUACCAAAUACUAUUUUGGGUAAGGGCUGAGGGUAAGGGUUAAUAUCCCUUUAAACAUCCUUUUCUGUCUUGCUAAUCUGUCUGUGAAACAAGGCUGAAUAAAGACCAGAUCUUUUAGUUCUUGUUACAGUUGAGAGUAUAUACAGUAGGCUACUGUAAGGAGUCUCACCUGCUCCUGUUUUGCUAGAAAAAUCUCCUCAAUUACAGGAACCCGGCAAAAGGACUGCUCCCCUCAACUAUUGUUCUCAUUCACUGUAAACCCAAACAUUCUGCAGAAAUACACCAAUCUUUGUAAGUUUAUGCCAUGACCCUGUUAACCCUUAUUGAACUCUAAGACCCUCGCCUCAGUCAUUACCGUGUAUGAAAUCCUUACUGUGCAUUACGGUGCGUUCUGAGAAAAGUAUCCAUUUUCCAUGAAUGUAAAAGGAACUGAGAGAAAAACAAACAAAUACAGUGGAUUCCAGUAAUUGCAGUUCCCAGCAGUUAGGUUUUUGUGCUAUUUGUUUGUGUUUGUGAAUUACUCCUAGGUUACUCAAACUGUAACAAUCCAUUCUAUCUCUAAUUUGAAUCUGGGGAAAUGAUGGAUUAGUGCAUGUGUCAGAUAUCGUUUGACUAAUAGGCCUACUUACUGAAACCACAACAGAAGAGGCAUGGUAUUUUUUUUUAUAGACAUCAUAAAAUAUCUUAUAGAAUCUGCCAACAAGCCCUUCUAUGUGCGCCUGAAUUCCCACGCGUGAACCACCCAUAACAAGCAAACUAAUUUAUAUCAAGAUAACAAUAAGAUAUCAAUAAUAGCACAUAGGCAAUUGGUCAUAGGCAAUUUGAGGUUAUGUACUUCAGGAUUAUGCAACAGGCGGGCCACGCAAACAGGAUGGCAGUGGCUCAUUUGGGUGCCACCACUUUGUAACAUUUAUGGCCUAACCCAUGUGCGUUGUUGAAGAAUACAAUAGCACAUUGAUUUUCUUUUAGAGUGCCUGGCUAAAAAAAACAGGGCAUCAAAAACUGGGUUCCUAGUUGGAAGUAGAUUGACUAUCAACUUGUUUCUUACCUUGUAAUAAAUACUAACACUAUCAAAGGAGAAAUAAGGAGUAGUAAUUAACAAACAAUUCCUAAUAAUUACAAGGCAAAUAAAUACUGGCUACUAAGCAACACAAGAGGAUGUGAAAAACCUUUGGACAGUGCCAUAAACGUAUUCAUUGAGGCUCCAAAUCAUCUGACGUAAAUCCAGUUUACAGCCUCUGUGUAUAUCAUUGUCAGAUAGAGCAAGUCAAUAAACAGUUAAUGCAUCAGGUUGAAUCUGACAUGGCUAAAAGUGAUCUGUCUUUUUAUUACUAUCUCGUAUUACUGUGAAUUGCACCCUCUAUC